AUGUGCGAGACUGCUUCCUAUGGGAAAGUGAGAGAGUGCGCCCGACGUGAGUGUCGAGCCAUAAACGGCCCAAUAGUGGCGUAUUCGGUGUCCUCGAUGUUCGGUUUGCACCAUUCGGGUGAUACGGCAGGUCUGCAUCAGCCGCGGGGGCCGUGUAUGGCGCCCACCGCCGCGCUCAAGGAAGAGCCGUCACUGCAUGUGCCGACAGCACAUCACCCGCACGCGCAGUUGCAUCACCACCAUCACCAUCACGGCGUUCGUUCAGGUGCCGCAUGGAUGCAAUCAUCUAUGCUUGACCAAGCUGCUGUUGCCAGUGUUGGGUUAGGUCGAGCGCACUUCGAGAAGCAGCCGCCGUCCAACUUAAGGAAAAGCAAUUUCUUCCACUUUGUUAUAGCACUCUAUGAUAAGGCGGGCCAACCCGUGGAGGUCGAGAGGACCACAUUCAUCGGUUUCGUCGAAAAAGAUCAGUUGUUCGUCUUUUGUAUGAAAACAGGUGUCAGACAAGAGCAGGAUCUGUACGUCCGUCUCAUCGACUCAGUCACCAAACAGGCAAUCAUAUAUGAGGGUCAGGACAAGAAUCCGGAGAUGUGUCGCGUUUUGCUCACCCAUGAGGUGAUGUGCAGCCGCUGUUGCGAUAAGAAAAGCUGUGGUAAUCGAAAUGAGACCCCUUCUGAUCCAGUGAUCAUCGAUCGGUAAGUUUACACAACAGACUCACUA